CGCUCGCUCGCCUUCUCUUUCCCUCCUCGCUCACAAACCUCCCAACUAGGGUUUUCGCCGCCGCCGCCGCCGCCAUGGCCGCCACUCCGGACCGCGCCAAUGCCGACUUCCGCCGCCGCCUCGCCGUCGACGCCCCUCCACCGCCGCAGAUCGCCAAAGACAAGCAAGGACUGGACACUGAGAUGCCUCUUUCUCCUCAGUGGCUUAUGAAGGUGGGAGAGAACAAGGAAUCCAUUUUACUGGGUGCUCGUUUAGAUGGUUCAAAGACAUCAGUGAAUGAUGAAGACAUGAACUACAGUGCAAAGAAAAAGGAUGUUUUCAGGGCUUCUGUGCUUGAUGGUGAAACUGGGCGUCGUGAACGCUGGCGUGAUGAUGAAAGAGAACCAAAUUCUGCCCUCCGGUGGAACCGCUGGAGGGAGACAGACAAGGAACAUGGUGAUACACGCAAAUUGGAAAGAUGGUCAGAUGACUCCUCCAAGUACUCUGUGGAUGGUCGUCGUCCUCCACAGGAACGCUGGGGUGACUCCACUAACAAGGAGGGAAACUAUGACCAACGUCGUGAUAACAAGUGGAGUACUCGUUGGGGUCCUAAUGAUAAAGAAUCUGAGAAUUGGCGUGAUAGAUGGGGUGAUUCAGGCAAAGAUGGUGAUGCUGCCCGUGACAAAGGUUUCUCUCACUACAUAGCUCAUGGAAAAGAUGGCAACAAUCAUGAGAAGGAUACUGAAAGAGAUGAUAAUAUUUCCAGAUCAUGGAAAUCUAGCUAUCCUGUGGGCCGUGGACGGGGAGAUUCAUCCCAUCACCCCUCACAGACUACACAAAAAUCAUCUGCAACAUAUGGAUAUGGCAGGGGGAAGCCUGACAAUGAAAUUGCAAGUUUUCAAAGUUCUCGUGGAAAAUUUACAUCUGGAAGUACAAAUACAGCUAGUUCAGGAUCAUCACGUCCAUUCCAUAUUGGCCUACUUUCUGACAGGCCUGGUGGUGCAUCAGGAGAUCGCACAGCAUUUAGAUAUAGUAGAAUGAAACUGCUUGACAUAUACAGAACUUCUCAUGUUACUGACUUCAAGAUGCCCCCUGAUGUCUGCGAUGAUCUAUCUGUAUUUAUGCAAGAAGAAACUUUGGAACCUAUAGCAUUGUCUGCUCCUACUGCUGAAGAAGCGGCCAUCUUAAAAGCAAUCGACAAAGGGGAUAUCAUAAACAGUGGCGUCCAUCAAGCUUCCAAAGAUGGCCCUGUUGGAAAAAGUGGUAGAGAAGAUCAACAAGGUGGCAUGGAAGAAUUCAAGGGAGAAACAGCUGCAAGUCUCAGGGGUCUUCCUGGUAAUACUGAUUUGCCGGCCAGAGUGGAUUCCUUGCGGCCAGAGACUUCUGCUUAUGUUGUUCCACAAAGAUCUCGGCUUAUUGGAGAACAUAGGCUUGGACCAGCUACUGACUAUGCGCAGCAAAUUCCCUUUGCAUUAGAUCAGGAAAGUAAAGUUGCUGGUAUUACAGGUGUUGAUGGAUUUGCCACUCAAAAUCAUCCUAAUCCAGAAAGCUUAUCUUUAUAUUACAAAGAUCCACAAGGUCAAGUUCAAGGCCCCUUUUCUGGUGCUGACAUAAUUGGCUGGUUUGAGGCUGGUUACUUUGGUAUUGAUUUGCUAGUUCGUGUUGCAAAUGCACCCCCUGAUGCUCCUUUCUUAGUGCUUGGUGAUGUUAUGCCUCAUUUACGAGCAAAGGCAAGACCACCUCCAGGGUUUAACACAGCAAAGCCCAGUGAUAUGCUAAUGCCAGAAACUCUACCAACUGGGAAUUUUGUCAGUUUGAGUAACACACAUGCGGGAUCAGCUGGUGUUGGAACAUUUGACAGUGGGCCAAGCAGGAAUGACGGUGCAAUUGAAGCUCAAAAUCGCUUCUUGGAAUCACUUAUGUCUAGUAAUGCUCGUGAUCCUUCAGCUGAAAUUCUUGCUAUGACUGGAGGUAUGACUGAAUAUGGCAGCAGUGGUUUUGGUAAUAUUACCAUGUCUGGAGGUGAGACUGGGAACAGCAUGAAUUACCUUUUGGCACAGAAAAGAUUGUUGGAGAGGCAAAAAUCUUCGCAAAACCCUGGUUCAUUUUGGUCAGGAGAUGGUAUUACAUCUGCACAAGUACAAAACAAAGAUAUAGAAGCAUCUGCUCUACACACUAAAUUGCACCCUCCCAUGGUUGAUCCACCUCACCAAGCUUUGCAAUCUCAGAAUGUUGACUUGCUUGCGAUGCUGCACUCUGCAGAGAAACCUCAAGCACCUGCUUCUAAUUCUGGGUUACCAGCAUGGUCAAACUACCCCGAAGCUAAAAAUAUUGAUCCUCAUGAGCAUGGUAUGGAUCUCACUCAAGGGUCACUUAACAUUCAUGGUGCAAGUAUGCAGAGUUCCCAACAAGCCACCACUGCUAUUCAACAGCAAAACUUCAUGCCGCUGAACAUGUCACAAUUAGCUCAUUUGGCACCUGAUAAGUUACGUGCUGAAAUAUCCCAAGAUCCACAACUGUUAGCUAGGUUGCAGCACCAAUAUCUGCUGUCACAGCUACAAUUGCAACCACAGAUACCUGUGGUGCCUCCUCAACCUCAACCUCAACCUCAGCCUCAACUCUCUAUGUUGGACAAGAUGAUAUUGCUCAAACAGCAGCAGCAACAGCAGCAGCAAAUGCAACAGCAGCAACAAAUGCAACAGCAACAGAAGCAACGAUUGCAAUUGCUGCAACUUGAGCAGCAGCAGCAGCUGUUGUUGCAGCAACAGCACUUGCUUUCUCAAGUUAUACCUCUUGGGCAUUCCAAUCAGCAACCUGAUGAUCCUUAUGCGUCACAGCGUACUUCAUUGCCAACGGGUGAUUCUUCGAAUCUUGGCUUUCAGAAAAUGAAAGAGGUUCUUCAGGCUGAUCGGGUUUUGACUGCCCAUGGUACACAGGAGGGGCAACAACUGAGUGAUCCAAGUAUUAUGGAUAAGGGUAUGGAGGGUGUAGGCCCAUCUCAAAGCUCUCUACCUACUUUACUGCCCCACGAACUUUUUGUUGGUGUACCUUCAAAAGAACGCUAUUCCCACCCUCAGAAGUUGGAAGACCUGGUUGAUGUCAAUACACAAUUAAAAGCCAGUGUGAUGAACCCGAUGCUAACGGAAGUUGCAAAUAGGUGUGAAGAGGAUUCUUCUGAACAGGAGGUCACCUCUUAUGCAAGGGGCGUUGGAACAGGAAAGGUAGAAAUCUUAUCUGAUAAUAUUUUGGGUUCUGGAUCUACUAAGGUCACUGGAGCAGCUCCAAGUGCAUCUAAGGAUUUUCUUGCGGCACCAUUGGAUCCAAAAUCUGAAGUAUUGUCAUCUCAUAUUUCCAAUCAGGUGCUAGAUUUGAAAAUAUCUCCAGAAAAUAUCCCCAGUGGCAAUGAGCCAACUAUUGCAACCGAAGUUAAAGCUUCUGAUACACAGGAUAUUAAAAAAACAGAAAAGAAAAAGAAGCAGAAGAAGAAACAGACAGUUGUGGAUGUAGCCAAAGGAGCUCCAAAGACAGUUACUUCUCAGCCACCAAGGCAGGAAACUCAAGUUGAUGGUUCUGAUCAGGGCGGAGCUAAGUAUGACUUGCACGAUGAUGUGGAUGAGCUAUUUUGGGGUUCCCCCAUCAAAGUGGAAAAGUCCUCUAAAUCUGCUGACCCACCGCUAGGAUUUGAAUCAUCUGUAGGUUUACCUCCGAGAAGUCUUCCUGAGGAUUAUGAUACUAACAAAGGUGAAUGGGAACCUAAUGCUGCCGUGGCAAACCAGCGUGGGUGGAAACCUACUCAGGGGCCUAGACCUAAAUCACUUCUGGAAAUUCAAGCUGAGGAACAACUUAGAGCACAGAGGGGAUUAGCAAUGGAGAAUGCUAAGCCAGCUGUUUCAGCAACUUCAGUGCCAUCAAUUCCUUGGAAUGGCAUGGCAACCACUUUGGACCAACAAUUGACUGCUGUAAGUAAAUCGGUGGAUGGCCAGGAAAGUGUUGGUGACUCAAGGAAUAGGAGAAGCCAGUUGCAUGAUUUAUUGGCUGAAGAAGUUUUAGCAAGGUCCAGUAACACAGAUAAUGAAAACAUGGGCAAUACUAAUGAUGUGGCUUUUCUGUCUCUCUCUUCCGCUGUUGUUCAGCCUGAUGCUCCUGCCCUUGAUGAUAGCGACUUCAUUGAGGCCAAGGACUCUAAGAAGAGCAAGAAAAAGGCAUCAAAAGCAAAAGGAUCUGCAGUCAAAGCCCCAUCACCUAUUGGUUCCUUUGAUUCAUUGACUGUAUCUGUACCUACUGAAAAGGGAAAACCUUCAAAGCAAUCACUUCAAGAGAAAGAAAUACUACCGGCUCUACCAAGUGGUCCAUCUCUUGGAGAUUUUGUUCCCUGGAAGAGUGAUCUGACAAGUGCAGUGCCAGCUCCAGCAUGGUCCAAUGAGUCAGCAAAGGUGCAAAAACCUUUGUCUUUGAGAGAUAUCCAAAGAGAGCAAGAAAGAAGAUCUGCUGUUGUCCAGCAGCAACCACCCUCACCAACUCCAGCAAAGGUGUCUACUAACCAAAGGAAUCAUGCAAAUGUUUCUUCCUGGCAAGCUUCUGGCUCAUCUCCAUCAAAGGCUGCUGCUCCUGUCCAGAUGAACUCUAAUGCAUCCAGUCGUUCUAAAUCCAAUGCUGAAGAUGAUUUGUUUUGGGGCCCAUCUGAACAUUCUAAACAAGAUAAGAAACAGUCAGAAUUCCCAACUCUUUCAAGUCAGACUAGAAGCUCCAUUACUAAAGACCAGUCUCCGUUGAACCGUCAAAAAUCCCAGGCCAGCAGGCUGCCAGUUUCUCCUGCUCCUACCGCCAACCAUGCUGGUAAAGGGAAAGCAGAGGCAGCAAACAAGCGAACAGAGGCAAUGGACUUCAGGGAUUGGUGCGAGGAUGAGUGGUCCAGGCUCACUGGAACAAAUGACACAAGUUUCCUCGAGUUUUGCAUCAAGCAACCAACUGUUGAAGCAGAAACGCUUCUCCGGGAGAACCUUGGCUCUUUUGACCGCAACGGCGAGUUCAUUGACAAGUUCCUCAACUACAAGGCCUUCCUGUCAACCGAUGUGAUCGAGAUGGCCUUCCAAGCUCCCAGCACCCGUGUCGCACGUGUGGAUGGCGCAGGGCGUGCAAACCAUGCAUCUGCAGCCAAAGGAGCCACGAGCACCGAGAUGGAGCUGGAUGGUGGGGGAAAGAAGAAAGGGAAGAAGGGGAAGAAGGUUAGUGCAACAGUUUUAGGAUUCAACGUAGUCAGCAACCGUAUAAUGAUGGGUGAGAUCCAGAACGUGGAAGAUUAAGAACAGCAUAUGACGGCACCUUUGUAAAUACAUACUUUUGUCGCUCACAACAGAGCAGUCGUCGUCUUUAGACUUGUUGCGAUGGCAACUGAGCUUUAAUUUAUGCCGCUCAUGAGUAGUUUUUGGUUCAUCUUUUUUUUUCGAGGAUGCGCUCAUGAGGUGAUUUUGCUUACUGUAACUUAUACAGUAGAUUUCUUCUUGUCAUAGAAACUUCAGUAGAGGUGAUCUGAUCAGCUUUUGUUUGUUGUUUAUGUGGCUUAUGUCAUGAUGAUGCUAAUAUAGAACUUCCUGCUGCAAGAGCAAAAAGGUUUA